AUGGUAGAGUUUUUAGCAAAGCGUGCUUACAGUCCCUGCAACAUAUACCGAGAGGAAUGGUACAUCACUGCAGGCCUACUCGUCCCCGUGGGUGCUGUGAGGACACAGGCGUGCACCACACGGUUACCUUACUGCCCAGAGGUGCGUCUCGUGUUGUCUGGCGUGGACGAGACGCUGAUGGAAGAGGCGGCCCAGAUAGCACGACGCCUGCAGCCCACACAGCAUCCAUACACGAGCAUCUGCUUCACCGCCAGCAGCAUGAAGACAGAUAUGUGGCGGCGCUACCUUGACAAGCUGGCCACUGCCGGCGUCAGGGUGUGGGGCGAUAUGAUGUUUGGUGGCAUUGUAGCACCGGACACCAGCCCCAUCACGGAGGAGGAGCAGAGAGAGCUGUCCAGUUUUGCCAAGAUCAGGAUGUUGGGUCGCUUCCGCAGACUGUCUGAAGAGUUCCUGUGGUAACUGUAAUUCCCGUGACGACCAGACUCAUCGAUGCUGAAAGUGCAUUCAUUUAUGAGGCAAACAUCUGGGCUACAUUUAUUCAACUGGAUUGUGUGUAUACAAGUCUACAAUCUCUCUCUCUCUCUCUCUCUCUCUCUCUCUCUCUCUCUCUCUCUCUCUCUCUCUCUCUCUCUCAGGUUUAUGGACCUGAUAGGGUCCCUCCUAUUGUUCUCCGAAACUGUGCCUCCGUGCCAAGUCAAACUCUUCCAACUCUGCCUAUCAACAUCUACUUAUCUUUCUUGCUGGAAGUUUGCCUAAAUCAAACCUUUUUUCUAAAAAGGGUGACCCUUCUAGUCCCUCCAACUACCGUCCUAUUGCUUUAAUUUCCUGCCUCUCUAAAGGAAAUUACUAAGAUGCCAGCCUCAAAAGAAAGCUCAAAACUGUCAUUGAUUUAGGAUCACCACAAAUAGAUUACGAAGCAGAGUGUUAUUACUAUCUGUUCACAAGAAGUCGAGCCUAGCUGAGAUGCCAACCUCAAAAGAAAGCUCAAAACUGUCAUUGAUUUAGGAUCACCACAAGUAGAUUACGAAGCAGAGUGUUACUACUGUCUGUUCACAAGACGUCGAGCCUAGCAAGCUGCAGUACGAGUUACCUAAUCUCCGCGAUUCCUCAACAGGAGGAAUCUCAAAUAUCUAUCAAAUAUCU